AUGUCGUCCGCCUCCGCCAUCGUCGCCCCUACGUGGAGCGGGCACCACCUGCUGAAGAUCGACGGCUACUCCUUCACCAAGGACGUCCCCACCGGACAGAAGAUCGAAUCCCGCUCUUUCGACCUUGGCGGACAUCGAUGGCACAUCGAUUACUACCCCAACGGCUGCACCGCUGAGGACGAGGACUACAUAUCCCUGUUCCUUGUUCUCGAGGACAGUGUUUUCAAGGCGGUGAAGGCGCAACAGAAGUUCUCUUUCGCCGGCGAGGUCAAGGGCCAAGCUCCAUCACUAGGAUCAUCCGUAACGGUAAACAACUACACUUGUCUGCAGGGCUGGGGGACUAGUAGUUUCGUCAAAAGGGAAGACCUGGAGGAGUCGGAGCAUCUCCAUGAUGAUUCUUUCACGGUCAGAUGCGAUAUCGUCGUCAUCAGCGAUUACCAGGCUGAGGAUCUGCCCGAGAGCACUCCUCCAACCUUCGUCUCUGUGGAACCAUCUGACCUUCACCAGCACCUUGGCGACCUCCUUAGGAGCGAGAAGGGCGCCGACGUGGUUUUUGAGGUUGCCGGCGAGACCUUCGCAGCGCACCGGUGCCUGCUCGCCGCCCGGUCGCCGGUCUUCAGCGCGAUGCUCUUUGGCGGCAUGAAGGAGGGCAACACAGUGCACAUACACGACAUGGAUGCCCAGGUGUUCAAGGCGUUGCUCGGUUUUGCAUACACGGACUCCUUAGCAUGGGCGACAGAGGAAGAUGAAGAAGACGAGGCCAUGUUCCAGCAUCUGCUUGUUGCCGCGGACAGGUACAACAUGGAGAGGCUGAAGAGUAUCUGCGAGGAUAAGCUAUGCAAGCACAUCGACGUGGACAAGGUGGGGAUUAUCCUGGAGCUGGCCGAGCAGCACCACUGCGACGGCCUAAGCAAAGCAUGCUUAAGUUUUCUCGGCUCCCCGACAAACCUUCGAGCUUUUGUAGACAGUGACGGCUUCAAUUGUCUGAGCAAGAGCUGCCCUUCUGUUAUUAAGAAGCUGAUUGCCAUGUUGGCCUUUGUUUCGUGAUGCCUGUUGCGCUAGCAAUCAGAGUUCACCGGUUUGGAAUAUGUAUCACAAGGUAUUUCUGUUGCUAUCAAUGAUGAUGUGCUCCCUGGUAAUCUAGACUUAUUAUUAGGUAGUUAUCU